UUCUUUGGCCUCAUCGCCUCCUCUGUACUAGUCCCGCUGCUAUUGUUGUGUCUUUUCUGACUGGGCGACCCUCAUCUGCUAUCCGCCGGUGAUUCCACGCACCCAGCCUCGCGUGUUCGCCGCCACGCUAAAGCAUUGUUUGCGACGUAGCUCCGUGUCCUGUCCGUAAAGGGAUAACAAGAAAGGAAAAGAAAAGGAUCCCAGCGACGGACUUAUUAGGAGCUGGCGAAGUAGUUAAUCGGCAUGGGACAGACGGAAGACUGAGAUUGCCCCGUUGAGAGCGCUCGUGUCGGCUGCUUCCUUCUGUUCGGAUUCUUCCACGAGAAAAUAACGCGUUGAUUGGGGGGUGAACAGAAGGAGUGGAUUGGGAAAAAAACGAUCACAGGACGCAUGUAGCCGACGUACGACGCUGUAAAGGUUGGUUUUAAGGCUUGACGAUGGGUUGCGUCAGGAGUAAAGAGGUCAAGGGCCCGGCGCUGAAAUACCAACCCGACAACUCCAACGUAGUGCCAGUCACCGCUCACGUGGGCCACUAUGGGCCAGAACCCACGAUGAUGGGUCACUCACCAGCCAUGAUGACGCAGAACAACACCUAUAACAGCCACCCCGCUGCCCUCACCCCCUUUGGCGGCGUUUCCUCGGCCAUUGCCCCCUUUGGCGGAGUCUCAUCCUCAUUCACCUCAGUGACUGUGAACCACCCGUUCCCCACCGCUUUGAUCUCAGGUGGCGUGACUUUUUUUGUCGCCCUGUAUGAUUACGAAGCAAGGACGGCAGACGAUCUGUCGUUCCGCAAAGGGGAUCGCUUUCAGAUUAUCAACAACACGGAAGGCGAUUGGUGGGAAGCCCGCUCCAUCAACACAGGCGAGAGCGGUUACAUCCCCAGCAAUUACGUGGCCCCGGCCGACUCCAUACAGGCUGAAGAGUGGUACUUUGGAAAUUUGAGUCGAAGAGAUGCUGAGCGUCUUUUAUUGCAUCCGGGAAAUCAGAGGGGCACUUUUUUGAUACGAGAUAGCGAAACAACAAAAGGGGCCUUCUCAAUGUCUUUACGCGACUGGGAUGAGAUGAAGGGAGACAACAUCAAACACUACAAGAUACGCAAGAUGGACAGCGGUGGUUAUUACAUUACCACACGAGCGCAGUUCGAGACACUACAGAAGCUGGUGAAACACUACUCAGAACAUGUGGACGGUCUGUGCUACAAGCUGAUCACCGUGUGCCCCACAGUGAAGCCUCAAACUCAGGGACUUGCUAAAGACGCCUGGGAAAUCCCACGAGAGUCCCUCCAACUGGAAGUCAAACUGGGACAGGGCUGCUUCGGGGAAGUCUGGACGGGGACAUGGAAUGGUACGACUAAAGUAGCAAUCAAGACGCUGAAACCAGGAACCAUGUCUCCAGAGGCGUUCCUGGAAGAGGCUCAGAUCAUGAAGAAGCUCAGACACAGUAAACUGGUGCCUCUUUACGCCGUGGUGUCUGAGGAGCCCAUUUACAUUGUUACUGAGUUCAUGGAAAAGGGUAGUUUGCUGGACUUUCUAAAAGAAGGAGAUGGCAAACAUCUGAAGCUUCCCCAGCUGGUGGACAUGGCGUCACAGAUUGCAGACGGGAUGGCCUACAUUGAGCGGAUGAACUACAUCCACAGGGACCUAAGAGCUGCCAACAUCUUAGUGACGGAUAACCUGGUCUGUAAGAUCGCCGACUUCGGCUUGGCUCGACUCAUCGAGGACAACGAGUACACCGCCCGUCAAGGUGCUAAAUUCCCCAUCAAGUGGACGGCCCCAGAAGCUGCGCUAUACGGUCGCUUCACUAUCAAAUCAGACGUGUGGUCGUUUGGUAUACUACUGACAGAGCUGGUGACAAAGGGCCGAGUUCCAUAUCCAGGCAUGGUGAACCGGGAGGUCCUGGAGCAGGUGGAGCGCGGUUACCGCAUGCCCUGCCCCCAGGGCUGCCCCGAGUCGCUCCACGAGAUGAUGAACCAGUGCUGGAAGAAGGACCCAGACGAAAGGCCCACGUUCGAAUACAUCCUGUCCUUCCUGGAAGACUACUUCACAGCCACGGAGCCACUAUACCAGCCUGGGGAAAACCUUUAGUCGUUUUAAAGUUAAACUCCGAGGUACAUUGGUGCAGAUCAGAAGAAAAAGAAUUUGAAGCAAAAAAGAAUAAUGUAAUUUAGGAAAUAAGCCACAGUGACACUGGCAUACCUGAAAAUGAGUGUCCCUAAUGUACAAUGGGACCAAGUCUGCAAAUGUUUUUUUUUUUUUUUUUUUUUAACUCUGGGAAACUAUCAGAGUCAAUCCAUGCGAGCUGGCCACAACACUGUGACACAGACGGAUGGAGAUAUUGUUUUUUUUUUUUAAUGAUUAAUUUCUCCCACCUUCCUACAAAUAACCCCUUUUUUAUUAAGUCACACAGAUCUUUUAUUCUGAAUCCAGAUCUUUUAUAUGAACACGAGUUCGGUUUGAAUGCGUUGAUUAAGGACGUCUUUUUUUUUUGUAAUGACCAAUAACUGUGGUUAACUUGUGGAGUAUGUGAUAUGAGUGUAAAGCAUGUGGUUGAUUAAGUAAAAAGGUCUGCUGUAUGGAUGCAAGAAUGUACUGAGAGUUCAAAGCUGAUGUACAUACAGUUUGUAAAAAAGAAAUAUUUUUAGUAGGUGUGAUCAGGUGGACGAUGGAGAAUGGAGACCUGUUUUAUAUGAUUGCUUUUAAUAUGCCUUUUUUCUUUUGUCAUUUGGGGAAUCCUGAAGCAUCGUUUUGAUAAUUUGCAUAGAUUUUUUUUUUCUAAAUAUCUUUUUUUUAUGUUUAAUGAAAUUUAAGUUUUGCUAUUAGGAAAAAAGAAAAAAUGUGUCACAUUUUCUUUUAUCUGGUGCACAACUCCCCUAACAAACUUUUUUUCUUCUUCUUUACUUUCUGUCGCUCACCGUUAAAUAUUGGGUGUAGUAGGCUAUUAAAAUUAGGAAUAUGCAGGGAAGCAUUUUGGUAAAGGCCUGCGAAAAGCCUUCAAAUAAAUUCAUCUUUUCUUUUUUUCUUUUCUUUCCUUUUUUUAAUCAUAAAAUUUAGGUUUGAAGUUAAUCAGAGUGUUAAACUUCUAAUUGGCAACCGAUGGCAUCCUCUUUGGUAGGGUGGAUUCAGGAAUUCUUCGGGCUGCUGUUUGUAGCACCCCUAAAUAUA